UUUCUUGAAACUUCCUCUCUGUUUUGUCUACUCUCUAGGUCUUGUUCUUUAUGGACUUCCACCUUUGGAUUCCUUUAUUUUUAUAUUAGUGAGGAGUCAGGAAGGCUAGGAAUAGAUGCCAUGUUUUUAGCCAUUCUAAUCCUGUUCACUUCUGAGAUUUCUACCUGCUCAGUUUCAGACAGGCAUCCUGUCUUCAAGGUUUCUGCUUUAGUGCUGGCCACCAUCAACCUGCAGUCACAACAUGAGCUGCAGUUAUUAACCAACUUUCUCUUAAGUGUGCAGAGGGUUCAGCCCAAGAUGGUGAUGGAGUAUUGGACAGGGUGGUUUGACUCGUGGGGAGGCCCACACAACAUCCUGGAUUCUUCUGAAGUUCUAAAAACAGUGUCUGCCAUCCUCGAUGCUGGCUCCUCCAUCAACCUCUACAUGUUCCAUGGAGGUACCAACUUUGGCUUCAUAAAUGGAGCCAUGCAUUUUCAUGAAUAUAAAUCUGAUGUCACCAGCUACGACUAUGAUGCUGUGCUGACAGAGGCUGGGGAUUACACAGCCAAGUACUUCAAGCUCCGAGGUUUCUUUGGCUCUAUCUCAGGUGUCCCUCUUCCUCCCCAACCUGACCUCCUUCCCAAGACUGCAUAUGAGCCCUUGAGACCGAAUUUAUACCUGUCACUGUGGGACGCCCUGCAGUACAUGGAGGAGCCAGUCAAUUCUGAAAAACCAGUCAAUAUGGAGAACCUGCCAAUAAACAGUGGAAAUGGACAGUCCUUUGGGUACACUCUGUACGAGACCACCAUUGCUUCAUCGGGCAUCCUCAGUGGUCUUGUGCGUGACCGGGGACAGGAUGAGGUCCAGGCUGCCUCUCUACACGUGGGUGUUGGGAAGAAAGGGAGCAUGUUGGCCAAGUGCAUGGGGGCUCAGCAGGAAGGGAGCUCCAAGAUGGAGCCCGAGGACUGUGAGAAGAGCUGA